AUUAAUGCAUAGCGGUCAUCAGUACAAAAGAAACAGCUGUGCUCUGCGGACGUUUCUACUCGCUUGUAAUUUGGUGCGACAAAAAUGAGUUUUACUAAUAAAGUCGUUAUUGUGACUGGUGCCAGUUCUGGUAUUGGUUCAGCCACAGCUCUGCAAUUUUCUCGAGAAGGGGCAGCUGUGGUAAUGGUGGGGAGAAAUGAGGAAAAAUUAAAAAAUGUCAAGCGGAAAUGCGACGCCGAAGGUUGGCCGGCGUUCACAAUCAAGGCCGACGUGUCUGAUGAAGAAGAGACAAGAGAAAUUAUUAGUACAACGAUAGCCGAAUUCGGCAAAAUUGAUGUAUUGGUUAACAACGCUGCAAUAUUGCGAAGUGGUUCAUUACUAGAUGGCAGUAUAUUAGACACUUAUGACGAAGUGAUGAAUACGAAUCUACGGGGUGCUGUCAAUUUGACAUCGUUUGCGACUCGUUACCUUAUGAAAAGUCAAGGAAAUAUCAUCUUUGUGUCAUCCAUCGGGGCAGAAAAGGUGAUAAAUACGGAUUACAAUGCUUACUGCAUGUCGAAAGCAGCAUUGAGCCACUUUUCGAGAGCGACUGCGCUGGAAUUAAGUCCACACGGAGUCAGGGUAAAUACGAUUACAGCGGGCAUAUUAAAAACUGAUUUCUUAGAAAACAUAGACAUGGAAAUGUUUGAACAUGACUCUGUGUCUAAUACAUUUGUUAAUAAAUUUGUCGAUCCAGAGGAGGUCGCGAAAUUAAUCCUACAUGUGGCUAGCGAUAAGGCAAGAAGUGCAACUGGUUCCAACUACGUAAUCGACAGUGGUAAACUGUUAUAUUUAUGAAGGAUAUUGUAUGCAUGAAGAAUUUAUUUGAUUAUAAAUGAACGAAAUCAAAUGAAAUAUUGCUACGCAAUUAUGAAUCCACGAUUAAACGCAAAGCUAGGAAUGUAAACAUUCUGAUAAGUAAGUGCGCAUGCUUGCGAAAUGUGACCCGAAUAUGAAUCACGAUGGUUUUGGGAUUUCCUAUUCCAUGUUGUACAUAUGUGGCUGCUAUGUGAUAAGACCCCAUAUUAUGAUUGUUUUCUAUGUUUUAAAUUUAUAUUUACUUUAUAAGUCAGUCUAUUGCAUGAUAUGCAAGAAGGACAUGAAAUAAAUGAUAAACACUAUUUAUAA